GCUGUACGACUGAGAUUUUUGUACCUUUUUUAAUAGCCCCUAUACAAAACUACUACAGAGGAACAAGCCGAUAUCAACUCGUCGCCGUUUGAACUUCACGCUGUGAAUGGCAUGAAAUAUUGAUAUUUCAAGUCUGCCAUCUCCGCGAGACUGAUAUGCAUUGCUAGAGUGCGAGUUUUCUCGUAGCCUAUUGGGCUAUAUUAGGCGUGCAGACAUUGUUCGGCGCUACUUGCACACCCCCGUAGCGCAGAACGGGCAGUGGAGAGAACGCUCUGCGGUAGCUGCACAACACGAAGCAACAUUAUCGACCUGCGUCUUACCACAAGCGUACAGGGACCGAAACCUGCGAAGGCUGUGCUGUGCAGUCAUCCCACAGGAGAACCGCAGCGGCAAUGAUAUUGUGAGUUUGGAGUUCCAGGAUCCAGUGGUCCACCGAAGCAGAGGGAUCUGGGGUCCAGAAGGAUUCAGAAGGGAUCUGGAAGGAUCUAGAAGGGAUCUAGAGAGGGAUCUAGAAGGAUCUGGGCGUUGAGUGGAGAGGUGGCCUUGUGCGUCAGGACGUGAGUGAGCCAGUCAGCCCUGUGGGGGAUCACCAUCACCGCGGAAACCAGUCAGCCCUGUGGGGGAUCACCAUCACCGCGGAAACCAGUCAGCCCUGUGGGGGAUCACCAUCACCGCGGAAACCAAGUGGAGAAGAUGAGCAGACACCUCCUGGUGGUCGUGUUCCUCUGCCUGCCGGUGCUUCCCAUGCGCUCCAGCAGCCAAGAGUUCUCCAGCUGCGUCACCAAACAUGAGUAUGAGAAGUGCAUGGCGAGGAUCGCCUUACACGAGACCGAAGACUAUGACUAUGAUGCGGGAGUGGGCUGCCCCUGGAUGUGGGACAACUUGACGUGUUGGGAGGCGACCAAGAUUGGCGACACGGUGUCAGUGAAGUGUCCAGAGCUUUUCACUGUCCUCGCUCAGGGCAACAAGUUGGGCAGAGUGACUCGUAACUGCACAGAGUACGGUUGGUCUGAGGUGUACCCUCACUACGUGGACGUCUGCAUUUUGGACGACAAUGACACCUCACCAGGUGUGAAUCUGUACUACAAGUCAGUGAGGGCUCUGUACACGGUGGGUUACAGCACCUCCCUGGUGUCUCUCACCACUGCCAUGAUCAUCCUCUGCAGGUUCAGGAAGCUCCACUGCACCAGGAACUUCAUCCACAUGAACCUGUUCGUGUCCUUCAUCCUGAGGGCGAUCUCCGUCUUCAUCAAAGAUGGCGUGCUGUAUGCCGAAGAAGACAGCAACCACUGCUUCGUACAAACCCUGGCGUGUAAGACAGUCAUGGUGUUCUUCCACUACUGCGUGAUGUCAAACUACUUCUGGCUCUUCAUAGAGGGCCUGUACCUGUUCACUCUGCUGGUGGAAACCUUCUUCCCAGAGAGGAGAUACUUCUACUGGUACACCAUCAUCGGCUGGGGCACCCCUACCAUUUGUGUGACCAUAUGGGCCGUUCUAAGGCUCCACUUUGAUGACUCAUGGUGCUGGGAUAUGAACGACAACACUGCUCUCUGGUGGGUCAUCAAAGGACCAGUCGUUGCCUCCAUCAUGAUCAACUUCGUGCUCUUCAUCGGCAUCAUCAUCAUCCUCGUGCAGAAACUGCAGUCCCCCGACAUCGGUGGAAACGAGUCCAGCAUUUACCUGAGGCUGGCCCGCUCCACUCUCCUCCUCAUCCCCCUGUUUGGGAUCCACUACACGGUGUUCGCCUUCUCCCCAGAGGACGUCAGGCAGAAGGAACGCCUCGUCUUCGAACUCGGACUCGGCUCCUUCCAGGGCUUUGUGGUGGCAGUCCUCUACUGCUUCCUGAAUGGAGAGGUGCAAUCGGAGAUGAAGAGGAAAUGGCGAAGCUGGACGGUGAACCGGUACUUUGCUGUGGACCUGAAGCAGCAGCGUCACCCGUCGCUGGCCAGCAGCGGGGUGAACGGGGGCACGCAGCUCUCCAUCCUCAGCAAGAGCAGCUCGCAGAUCCGCAUGUCCAGCCCCCAGGCGGAGAACGCCAACCUCAACCUGCCAACCUGAACGUCUGAGCCGCCAACGCCACCGCCGCCAACAACCACCACCACGCCUCACCUGCCGCCACAGACACA